CAUUCGAUAUAUGUACAGAGAGAGAGAGGAAGCGGAGGAGCAAAAUGCGGUGGCCGUGGGAUAAGUUACAGCAGCUACAACGGCGGGAGAACCGGGGGAGGGUUUGGGCGGCGGCCAUCCUGCUAUGGCUGUUGCUGAUGCUGGCCACGCCCAGGAUCCCCCGCACCCCUUCCCUCCACCUCUUCGCGGACAUGCGGAACUUCCUGGGUGUUCCGAAUACGUUGAAUGUUCUUACGAGUUUUCCCCUUUUGCUCGUCGGAGUCCCGGCGCUUGUUCUCUGCCUCUCCGGGUGUUGCUUCGGCAUAAGCUUGCGGGGAGAAAUUUGGGGAUGGGUGUUGUUCUAUGCCGGAACGGCCGCAGCGGCGUUUGGGUCGGCUUAUUAUCAUCUGAAACCUGACGACGAUAGCGUGGUCUGGGACAAAUUUCCGACAAUGACUUCAGCUGCUUCACUGCUAUCGAUAUUAGUAAUAGAGAGAAUAGAUGAGAAGAUUGGAAUGGCUUGUUUGUUCUCCCUCAUGACAUUUGUUCUUGUCAGCAUUGGAUGUGAGAGGACAUUCGAUGAUUUGCGACUAUGCAUGAUGUUCCACAUUGUUCCAUGCAUUGCAAUCCCUACUUUGCUCUUCUUGUUUCCGCCUAAGUACACCCAUUCAAGAUUUUGGAUAUGUGCAACUGGAUUUUACCUCCUAGCCAGAUUUCUAUCGGUAGCCGAUAAGAAGGUUUACAGUUCAAGUCAUUACAUAAUAAGCGGGCACGCAUUGGAGCAUCUAUGCUUGGCAGUAGUUCCUAUCAUACUCACACUGAUGCUUUGGCUAAGAAAUAUAAAGAUUGCCAGGGAUUCGUAGUCGAGUAGAAAGAACACUAGAAUCAUCAAACCGACUAUGAUCAAAUUUCGAGAAGAAAGAAGUUAGCCAAUUGCUCCAACAAACUGAGAUGCUAACUGGAAGUAAAUACAAGCCAUAGUUGAAAGUAGCUACUGAAUUCAUCUUUUUUUUAGUUUCUUAGAAUUCGAAAAUAGCGAAUUUGUUUUGCCCUCUUUUGGCCAAUGAAUAUGACUGAUGUUUGAGAAUUUGAAUUCAUGCCAAGUUCUUCAGCUAAUUCAGAACUUUACAUUCAUUAA